GUCUGACGUUGCCGGGUAGAAACGGAUAGACCCACCGCCUCUUGUUGUCGUGCCCUUCGUCGACGCUCUCUGCGCUGCCGCCGCUCGGUCUUCGCCGCCGAUCCGCCUCUCCUCGCCAUGGAUCCCUCCAUCAUGAAGCUCCUCGAAGAGGACGAGGACGAGAGCAUGCAUUCCGGUGCCGACGUGGAGGCCUUGUCGGCGGCGCUGAACCGCGACAUCGGAGGCGAUCCCGCCGCGCUUGCCCGGCCCCCGGAGUCCGACACAGGUGUAUCGAUGCUAGGGAGUAGUUCUGCAUCAAAGCAAGUCCUUGGGCAGUGGCAAACUUCCAGUGAGGUAGAAAAUGAGCAGCAAAUCCAACAAAAAGAACAAAAACGUCACUUACAAUCCUCAGAGCAGCAUUCAUCUGGAGGAGAAUUGAUUCAGGCAGGGUCUGUUUCUCAACCUCAAGAUGAACAAAUCAAUAACCAACCACAACAUGAUUGUCCCACUAUUCAACAAGAAGCAUCUCAUUCAGAUGACCUCCAACGACAGCCAGAAGCCAAUUUACUUGAAAAAGAACAGGUAAAGAAACCUGAGCAAAAUACUAUCCAAGCCUCAGACAUAGUUGAGGGCCGAAAGCAAGAGGUUGCUCAGCAUUCUGAGAACCAGCAGCAACACCUAACACAGCAGUCAAAUAGUCAACAAAUAGCUUCUGCUAACAUAGCAAACAUGGCUGUGCAGCAUUCUGAGAACCAGCAGCAGCACAUAGUGCAGCAGUCAAAUAGUCAACAAAUACCCACUUCUAACCAAGCAAAUAUGGCAAUGAGGAGAACAAAAGCUGCUUCUUCCAUACCAUUCCAUUUGCUGAUUCCAAUUUUACGGCCUCAUCUUGACAAAGACAGAUCUAUGCAGCUACAGGCUAUUUUCGCCAAACUUAGGAAUAAUGAAGUCAGCAAAGAGGACUUCUUGAGAGUGAUAAGGAACAUUGUCGGGGAUCAGAUGCUUAGACAGGCAGCUCAAAAGGUCCAGGUGCAGCUUCAGGCUCAGGCAGCUAGGGGAGCACAGACAAAUACAAAUUCUUUCUCAUUACAGUCUCAAGCUUCCUCUCAGCAACUUGCUUCUAGUGUUCCUCCACAGAUCACUGGGGCACAAUCAUUUCCAGCACUCCAUUCCAUACCAUCAUCUCAGAGUCUAAAAGUCACUGGAUCACCUCCCCAUCAACCUUAUGUGCCCCCUUUGACAUUUCAAGCGCAGCCUGGCACAGGUCUUACAGCUCCUGACAACAGCACUCAAAAGCCACGAGAAGUUGAGACUAAAUCAGAUGGAAAGGGUGCCCAGUCUGUACAAAAAUACACCAGCAACACAAAUAUCACCAAUCCAGAAAGAGAUGUUUCAAUGGUUUCAUUACAACCAGUUAACAAGCAGCAGCAUCAUGCACAACUUCCACAAUCAUCUUUCUCGGUAUCUGGAGCCACAAGUAGUUAUAAUACGCAUGCAUAUCCCAGGCCAUCUAUGAGUUCCUCAACUUCUAUUAGACCACAAAAUCUAGAUUCACAUGCAAGACAAGUUUCAGUUACUCCAGGAGCUGUUUCAACACAAUUAAGGCCAACCCAGUCAGUGAGUGUAAUAAAUGUGCCUAAAUAUGAGCAGAAUCCUGCCAAUGAAGCUAAGAGACAACAAGUUGGUUCAGUCACAGCCUCCCAGCAUAACCCAAUUGCAUGGCAAUUAUCAGCAAACAAAGAUCAGAAAGGUAACACUUUCCCAUCAAUGGCUGUAAAGCAGGAGCUUGUUGAUCAGUCAUCCGAACCCCCAAACAAGUCCCACUUUGCAUCUUCCGAGAGCACUUUAUUUGGUUCAGCACAUGUUAAUCAAGGAAAUCAUGCACUUGGAUCUUCAAGUACAACAGGAACAACUCAGAUCUCAGGUUCUGUGCCUAGCCAAGUGGAUCAAAUUGUGCAGUUGCACUCUCAUAUUUCGUCUGCAACUCCACCACUUGGCGGGGCUACUGCAAAAACUCCCUCAAAGAAACCAUCUGUUGGGCAGAAGAAGCUAUUUGAAGCACCAGGCUCAUCUCCACCCAUGCCCAGUAAAAAGCAGAAGACAUCUGGUACUUCUCUUGAUCAAAGCAUCGAACAACUGAAUGAUGUUACAGCUGUUAGUGGAGUUAAUUUAAGGGAAGAGGAAGAACAGCUAUUAUCUGGGUUGAAGGAGGAGAGCCGGGCUUCAGAAGCAACUCGAAGGAUUGUACAAGAAGAAGAAGAGAGGCUGCUUUUGCUGAAGGCCCCCCUUCAGAGAAAGCUAUCUGAUAUCAUGCUGAAAUGUGGUUUAAAGAAUAUAGGUGGUGAUGUGGAGCGAUGCCUGUCAAUGUGUGUGGAAGAACGGUUGAAGGGGUUGAUAUCUUAUCUUAUAAGACUGUCAAAACAGAGGGUUGACAUUGAAAAAUCGAGGCAUCGGUUUGUCAUCACUUCAGAUGUCCGACGCCAGAUUUUGUUAGCGAACCAAAAAACCAAGGAAGAGUGGGACAAAAAGCAGGCUGAAGAGUCUGAAAAGCUUCGUAAAGUAAAUGAAUUGCAGAUGGAUGGAAACACAGGGGUUGAUGCUGAAAAGGACAAAGAAGAUGGUCGUCCAAAGGCCCUUAAGGCUAACAAGGAAGAGGAUGACAAAAUGAGAGCAACUGCUGCAAAUGUUGCAGCCCGAGCUGCUGUUGGUGGAGAUGAUAUGCUGUCGAAAUGGCAACUCAUGGCUGAACAAGCUCGGCAGAAACGCGAAGGACUCGAUGGGGCACCUGGUAAAACUGCAAGCAGCAAACCAUUACUGAGCUUAGGAAGAAGCUCGAGAGAAAAGCAAGAAUCUGAAAAGAAAGGCUCUUCUGCUGUGUCUGCAUCAGGGGGUACAAGGAGAUUUGGCAGGAAAAAUGCACUGGAAUCUCAUCCGAAAGUGGCACGUAAUGUUUCUCUCAAAGAUGUGAUUGCAGCCCUCGAGAGGGAACCUCAGAUGUCAAAAUCAUCUUUGAUCUACCGCCUGUACGAGAGACUGUCAAGUAAUUCAUCUGCAACAUGAUGAGCUCAAAGUUGCUUCCCUCCUCUUCUGACUCAGGCCUGGUCUUGGAAAGCAGCCGGUCAAGGUUGUUAGAACUCUGCCCCUUGGAACUCUUGGGAUCAGCAAGCUUUGUUACUCCUAGGAAGAUCCGUACCGAGAACAUUGUUUGUUAUUUUGUAUAAUUGUAAAUGUAAGUUAUGGCAAUUAAUCUGUAAUGAAACUCUUCUUUGUUAGAAAAAAUAUCGGAUGAUGUUAUUCUAA